AUGGUACGGACGCUCAUUUUAGUUGCGCUUGGCCUUGUGGUCGUGGCAUUGCUUGUACUGUACCUUUUGGUGUUGCUGUUUUCGCAUAGUCCGAGAAACCCUUUCGAAAGUGAACUAUAUUUCAUCACCACUGAGAAGGAUGGAUCAAAAAGUGCACCUUUACCACUCCCCGUUGCAAACAGCCCUAGUGACGGAACAAUAGAGUUGAGUGUUGUCAUUCCCUGCUAUAACGAGACAAGUCGUCUGAAGCUUAUGUUUGACGACUCGAUAAAUUACUUGAAAGAAACUCUUCCAGAUCGAUUUGAAAUUUUGAUCGUUGAUGAUGGUUCGAAGGACAGCACAGACAGCUAUGCAUUAGACUUGGCUCAUAACACAUAUAACCUGAAACCAGGUCAGUUGCGCGUGAUCAAGUUUGAGGAGAAUAGGGGUAAGGGUGGAGCUGUUAUCCACGGGCUGCAGCAUAUUAGAGGUGAGUAUGGAAUCUUUGCUGAUGCUGAUGGAGCAAGCAGUUUCAAGGACAUGUCAAAACUACUUGCCCAGGUAAAAAAUGUCGAAAACAAGAACAAUGACAAGAUCCCUGCUAUAGCAAUUGGUUCAAGAGCUCAUAUGGUCAAUACUGAUGCUGUUGUUAAACGGUCAUUCAUUCGCAAUUUCCUUAUGUAUGGUCUCCACAUGUUGGUUUACGUGUUUGGUAUAAGGCAGAUCAAAGAUACACAAUGUGGAUUCAAGUUAUUCAACAAAAGCUCAAUUGCAUUAAUUUUCCCGUUCAUGCACACUGAAGGAUGGAUCUUCGAUGUGGAGAUUCUGAUAAUAGCAUUAAGAAAAGGCAUUUCCGUGUCUGAAGUUCCAAUUUCGUGGCACGAAGUUGAUGGUUCCAAGAUGGACUUGGCAAGAGACAGCAUGAACAUGGCUAUUGAUCUAGUAGUUACUAGAAUGGCUUAUAUUUUGGGAAUUUACAAAGACUCGGUAGUAACCAAGACUAAAGUAGAAUAA